GUUAGAAAAAAUAUAAGAGUGAGAUCAUGCUUCCUUCAAAUGGUACACUGGAUGUUGAGGUCUGUGACUCUACAGGAAGUCCUCAACUUCAAAUGCUUCCUUCCCACUGUGUACAACUUCCUUUGGUUCUACCUUAAAGCUGCAAAAGCUAACGAGAACAUGGAGAAGACAGCCAAAUACCUUGCAGUACUCACACUGAUGGGACACCAGCAGCUCUGCUACUGGCCAUCAACGGUGGCAGCUGCACUUGUUAUUAUUGCUUCAAUUGCAACUGAUCAAGAUGCUUUCUCCCACUUGGCCAUGAAGACUAUACAGAUACAUGCAAUAAAUGAUGAUAAAGAUUUACCAGAAUGCAUUAAGGUAUGAAAUCUUCAGUUUUUUUUCUGGAAUACUCAAACCAAUCAAAGAUGCUUGCUACUCACAUCAGCUGAACUGACCGGAAGAGCUGGUGACGAGUUGUAACGACUGGCAUUGAUGAAUUGGGAAUAUAUUGCAU